CUGGAACUUCCGUUGUGCACAUCCAUUCACAUUUACUAAACUAAACUACUACUAGGUAACCUACACCCGUGGACUUUCCCGUCCAUUCAUAUAACACAUCUGUGUUCUUUUCUUCUCUCUUUCCUUCUAUCCCUCCUCAUCUCUGCACCUAGCUACUCCCUGGUCACCUCUUUCCAGCGUCAGUCAUCUAUCCUCCCACUUUCAGCUUCCAAGUCUCCCCCACCCACGUGAAUUGCGUAUAUUCGACAUGUCGCUCUGCAUAAACCGCCUUACAGAAGAAAGAAAGCAGUGGCGUCGAGACCACCCUUUCGGAUUCUACGCGAGGCCCCAUCGCAACCCUCAAGGGGCGCUCGACCUCAAGAGAUGGGAGUGCGGUAUUCCUGGAAAGGCGCAAACCUUAUGGGAGGGUGGGCUUUUCAAGCUCGACGUUACGUUUCCAGAUGAAUAUCCGACUAAGCCACCUAAAUGUAAGUGCAUCCCGGCUGACAAUAACAAUCAUCCCCAUGCGACUUUGAAAGUCUUGCGCCAGCCUCACGAUAUCGCGCGCCAGAAACUAAUAUGGCUUUCAUUACCCGCAGGCAAAUUCGUCCCUCCGCUGUUCCACCCGAACGUCUACCCCUCCGGCACCGUCUGCCUUUCGAUAUUGAACGAAGAGGAGGCAUGGAAACCUGCCAUCACCAUCAAACAAAUUCUUCUGGGCAUUCAAGACCUACUGAACGACCCGAACCCGGAGUCACCCGCCCAGGCUGAGGCAUACAAUCUGUUCAAGAAGGAUCGACCGGCGUAUGAGCGACGUGUCAAGCAAGUGGUCAAGGAAAACCCGGCCCUUUGAAUGUCAUUGAUGCGUACAGUGAACAAUGCUAUCGCUUGGUACAUUCUAGACUCCAAACACACAAACACACACUCGACUACGGUUGUCGCGACAACCAGACCUUGGUCUAUGCGCGG